AUGUUUAGAACCAUUAGAUUAAUACCUAAAUUGAUUAAAAUCACUUAAAUUGUAAGUUGCUUUGCUCUAGUCUAUAAUUAAUAAUAAUAGAAGUUUAAAUGUACAUAAAUUAAUAUGCAAAACAUGAAAAUCAUAAAUGAAAAAGAUGUCAAUGCAGUUUUAACUAAUCCAUAAUAUUUCACAAAUACAAUCAUAAUUCUAAAUAGAAAUAUUAUAGAAGAUCUUCCAAAACAUUUAUCAGUCAAAUUCUGUAUAUAUGAUGGUAACUUUAAUGACUAUGAUUUGAUUGCAGUCAAUUAACAUAGAUGUCUCCUAUUAAAGAUAAGAGGAGAAGAAGAUUAUUUGAAAUUGCUUAAUUUCUUAACUCCCUUAUAAACUCUAAAUAGUAAAUAAGAUGCUAUUAAUCUAAUUGAUCAAAUGGAUGCUAAGGUUGUUUUGAGUUACAUACCUUAAUAAACAAUAGUAAAAUCAGAAGAAUAAAUUAAUAAAUUUGAUACUUUCAAAUAGCGUAAUUACAAAGAUCCAUAAUAAUUGGAGGAACAAUUCAGAGAACUCAGAUACUUAGAUUACAAUAGAGAGGCUUAGUAUUAUAUAAUAAAAGAUAAAAAAGUGGCUGAUGAAUUUAAUUUAUCAAUGAAUGAUAUAGGAGAAAUCUAUAUACUUAAAUAGACCAAUAUAUUCAAUUCAAAAGAGUCAUCUUUCUUUCACAAUGAAAAAGAAUACUGCAUGAACAAAAUAGAACCAGAUCCAAAUAUAGAAAUAGCUGAUACAUUUAGAAUGAAGAAGAAAUAUGAUUCUUUAUCUGGAUAUAUAUUAGGAUCUAAGGAAGAGACAGUUCAAUAAUUAAAUUUAUAAAAGAUUGUUUAAAGAUUGACAUUGACAGCCAAUAAUUAUGUUAAUUAUGUAUUUAACAAACAAUAAAUGGAUUCAUAAUUAUUAAUUUAUAAAUAAAUGGGUGUUCAAUAUAUAUUGAUGUAUCAUAGUCAAAAAGAACUUAAUGAUAAGAUUAUUAGAAAACUAAUUAAUGUAAAGAAAUCUAUGAAUACAGAAUAAUAAUAAAAAUUUGGAAUCAUUUAUUCAGAUAAUAUUGAUCUAAUAUAAUCAUAUUUUGGAAUAGUAAAUAAUGGAAUUACAGAUGAUGUAAGAUUAUUUGAUCUUAAUUCACAUUAAAAUUAUACAACAUCAUUUAAUAUUGUUCAUUUGGGAUAAUAAGAUAAUAAUUAUGAUCAAUAUAAAUAAUGUAAAAGAUAUUCUUUUGGAGAUAAAGUAACUGUAAAUAGAUUGAAAUAGUUUAUUAUUUAAACAACUAAAUUAUAGAUAUAAAAUUUAUAACCAUAAGAUAAUUAUAAAUAAGAAUAUUAUGAAAAAACAUUUGUUAAGAUUCCUUUGGAAAAAUUACAAAUUAUAACUCCAAAUAAUUUAGAAUUAUCAGGCUUUGAUUUUAUUUAUUUUUAUAAACCAGGAUGUGCAGCUUGUAAUACAGUUGCUGAAACCUUAGAUAAAAUUGCUUAGAAUAUCUGUAAUCCUAAUCCUUAUAGAGUUAAAAAUAUAUCAAAUUUUUAAAAACUCACUUUGAGAAAGUAUUCAUUUCUAUUUAUAAUUAGAUAUAAUAUUUUAAAUGAAUCUUAAGUAUUGCCAUCACCAAUUUAGGCACCAUAAAUCUAUAUUUUAUAUGAUGGUAAAAUUAAAUAAGCAGAUCUAGUAUAAAAUAGGAUAAAUCCAGGAGAUGAAUUAAAAAUGCUUCACUUCUUAACAAAGCUUAUUGAUAAUCUUUGAA